AUGGCAUCUGACCGUAAGCGAUCAAUAACUGAAACAUUGAAUCAAGUGGACAUUAAACGAAGCAAAAAUGGUAAACAAGUUAUAAGUAAUCGAGGACAAAAUUUUUGUGAAAUAUCCAAUAUUAAUGAUAUUAGAACGCGUACAUUUUCUCACUGGUCUUUGAAACAGCCAUCGAAGAUACAAAUGAUUGAGAGUGGAUUUUUCAAUUGUAAUAUUGCAGAUCGAGUGAUAUGCAUCUAUUGCAAUUUGUUAUGUCAACAUUGGAUACCAACUGAUGAUCCAGCUGAAAUUCAUUCGAUUCUCUCACCCAAUUGUCUCUUCGUCAAAUCAAAUUUAUCUUCGACUAAUGUAGAAUCUCGAGUCAUUCUUAAUAGAAAUUUAACACCAACAUUCAACAAUGAAAUUGUGCCAACUAAAGCAUGUAAUGAGCAAUACACUGAUCUUUCAAAGCGUCUUGCAACAUUUUCGCAAUGGGAUAAAGAACAACCAUUGCCACCCAUAGAUGAUGUAGUGAAAGCAGGUUUCUUCUAUUCUGGUACAGAAUCGAUUAUUACCUGUUUUUACUGCAAUGGAUCAUUAAAAAAUUGGAAGAAGAACGACAAGCCAGCCAUUGCACAUGCACGAUGGUUUCCAUCUUGUGGGUAUGUCAAGCAAUUGUGUGGCGAUGAGUUGUAUAGAAAAAUUCAACAAUGGAAACGAGUCCUACAUCAAGAUCAACAUCAACAGAAUUUAAGAACACUUAACAAUUCGUCAAAUACUAAUUCCCAGUCACAAGGUCCAGAUAAAAGUGCUCUGUCCCGAUUAGUAGCUGCAAGAUUAGAUUUACCCGUUACACAAAAUCUGUUGAAUAAAUUUCAACUAUCGAUAAUAAAACAUUGUUAUGAAGAUCAACUAAGAAUAAAACUUGACGAUUUUUCGAGUGACAGUGAUCUGCAUAUGGCAUGUUUAAUUUUGCAAAAGCAGAUUGAAAUUAUCGAUGGUAAAAAAGAGAAUAUCAUUAUUCCAUCCAAAAAACUACAAGAAAUAACGUAUAGAUACGAGCAAGAACAGAGAACGUUGGUAAGCACAAACAAAGGCAAUUGUGAUAGUACCAUAGCAGACGAUAAUCGAGUACAUGAAGAGAAAUCAAAGCAACUACAACCCACAUCAAAGGACUCAAAUGUUUGUGUAGUAUGUUUAACGGAUGAAAAACGUAUUGCAUGUAUACCUUGCGGUCACCUGUCUUUAUGUGUUCCCUGCGGACACUCGCUUCGUUCGUGUCCCAUUUGUCGACAGCACAUUGAAGCAUUUGUUCGAAUCUAUGUCUGA